AUGGCCAAUAAUCAUCAAAAACGGGCCGGGAAGCGGGAAUGCGGUGGUUGUAGUAGAGUCCACCGUGCGAGUACUCCCGAACUCCCAGAUCCUGAAGAAGAGCCCGAGGGACAGGGCGCAGGUGUUACAACUUGCAUUAGUGGAGAUAAUAUCACUGCACAGUCCGUUGGCGCAGAUGUCUCUUCAAAAUACAUUCGAUAUCAUCAGUCACCUGGUGACGAUACUUCCGCACAACAAUCUCAAUUUCACCAAUUAGUCGGUGGCGACCAUGUAACUGGUCGUUAUGAACGAGAGCAAGAAACUCCAAAUCGUUUUGCAGAACGAAGACCAGUGGAGAGACAUGCAUCAACAGGACUCUUGUAUCGCUCGCGACAGAAGGAUAAUCGAAUAUCAGUAUUGCGAUCUGAAGUACAUGCCUAUCAACUCAAAUUACAGCAAGCACAAGACGACAUCCUACGCUUGGAAAAUGAGUAUGAGCAGUUGGAGGAUGAUUUUAGGAAAAUUCAGGAGCACGCAUUUAGGCAAUUCGACUCACCAGACUGGAAACCAGAGAGUGACGACGACGUAACGCGUAAGUUGAAUUUGCUGGACUCGGAUGUCAAGAAGUGGUCGAAAGCUCAUUGCAUCCCGUGUUUGUCAAUUGAGGACUCGAAGCAAUAUCAAGUGCUGCGCAAGAUUGUGACGAAUUCGCUUGCUGACUUUGCGAAACCAAAUGACGAGGGACUUCUUGCAAGACUACCUAGUGACAAGCCGUGGGUCUUGGUACAGGCGUUCCUCAUGGAUAAGAUCUACUCUGAUGUUUUCGACAAGCCCUUUUUUGGAUUGAGCGCUCCACGAAUGGAUUGGAGGAAAAUCGACCAGGACACUGAGGAGCCCGAAGACCCUCAAGUCAAGAAAAAUCUCGGGAAAAGAGAUCCGGCUCAGUUGUUGGAAGCGCUGUAUGAUGAGUUCAGUGAUUGCAACAUUGAAGACGCCGUUUCCUGGAGGGUACAGACUUUACGACAACUCUGCCCACCCGUGCGAGACGGUGAAACAAAAGAAAGAAAGAAACGAGCGACGCGUGACAGAACGCUGAAAUCUCGAGAACAAGCUGUAGGAUCGCUGACCCUCUGGUUACUCAACUCAGACAUUCGAGUGCUCCUCAAAGCCCCAGAUGACGAGGGAGCAAAAGCCGACUUACAUACGCUUGUUGCAAAGGCAGCCGAUCUGUCUUAUACCCUGCGGACGCAGAAGAACAACCUCGGGACGAAAGGUUUCAACGAUAUGGAGCACAGGUUUGCUCACAACAAUCCGCUCAUGGAAGCUCAUCAACUACAUAAUAAGCACCUCGAUGAAGAUCCGACUGUGUUGGAUGGACGGUCGAUUCUGGUAAUCACGCAUCCCGCUUUGGUUCGAAAAGGGAAUGAGUAUGGAACGGAUUUUGGCACAAGAGUGGUGUUGAAGAAAGCUGUAUGUUGGAUGGGCGCUCUUCCGGAAGAGAAAUGAUAUACAUAAUCCCGACGAUCCAGACAAAUAUGAGGGGCACUUUCAAUGAUAAGUAUGUACUUUAGAUGGGUUUGUUGGUUUUGAACAGCCUCCGUCUCAUGUACAAUCGAUCUUUCCUUAAUUGACGUGCUUGCUUUCUUACAUAACGGUACGCACCCAUUUCUGCCUGCCUAUAUGUAUAGAAUCAGGCAGCUCGUAGAUGGAAUAUCAAUUCACCACAUGUCUGUCC